GGAUCAAUGAAUAUGGAUGGCACCAACCGAACAACAUUCUCACUCAACGACGGUAGCCAUCCUUUCUCCAUAGCUGUCUCAUCGGAGUUUAUUUACUGGACAGACUGGAGAAAUGCUGAAAUCCAAGCUGUCGAGAAGGACUAAUGCUGAAAACAUCACUGUGUUGAAGAAAUCAACAACACAACUGAUGGGAAUAGCUCUUUGGGCAGAAAAGCCUACAGUGGCAAUGGCUGACGUAUCCUCGGCGACAGAAUGCCCUUAUAUAUGGCUACUCGGUCACAACAGCACAACGGGGGGUGCUUUCGGUCAGUGUUACUGUCCGGAUGGGUUUAGUGCCAAUUAUGUUAAGGAUCAACUGCACUGUGACAAGAUGAACGAAACCACAGAGGCCAAUACAUUUUCACCAGCCAAUACAACUAACUCUUCCUCCAUCUGCACUGCUGAUCAGUUUAACUGUGGGGACGGGAUAUGUAUACCAGCACUCUGGCGCUGUGAUGGAAACACAGAAUGUCCAUCUGGGUUGGACGAAGAAGAUUGUGCCGACUGCGUGGUCUAUAGCACUCAAAAAGUUAUCCGAAAGUUUUGUGUCGGAGAUACAUACGAGGAAGAACUUUUGCUGCUAGAUGGCAGAAACCAUGCCUUGUUUAUCGAUGUGGACUUCAGGCAGAAGUGUGUUUACUACACAGACUACAAGCCUAUCGAGAUGAACAGGACUCUUCAGGUCGUCUGUUGGAACCAGACUACAAUGGCCUUUUCGUCUCCACGGAUAAUUCGCUCUAACUUCUAUAGACUAGAGGGAAUCGCUUACGACUGGAUAACUGGCAAUGUGUAUACGCUGGAGGCAGGAUCACGUCGACUGAGUGUAACCACGAAUGACGGGAGGUUUACCAAAGUAUUGUAUGAAGGCACCGAGAUUUUCGACCGACCUCGUGAUCUUGUUGUACAUCCGGGGCUUGGACAACUGUUUUGGACGGACUGGUCAAAGGUGAAUCCUCGUAUUGUCCGCGCCUCGAUGAGCGGUGACCAGUCCUCUAUUUUCAUUUUAGCUCAGGGAAAGCACCAGUUAGGCUUACUAAAUGGAAUUGCCCUGGACAUACCCUCUAGCAAGGUUUACUGGGCGGAGACUAAAGGCAAGAUAGGAUCAGUUAAUAUGGAUGGGACCGACCUCAGUACAUUCCCCGCCAAGAACGGGGGUUUUCCUUUCUCCAUAGCUGUCUCACCGGAGUUGAUUUACUGGACAGACUGGGUAAAAUCUGAAAUUCAGGCUGUUCGGAAGACGAAUCUGACCAACCUCAUUGUUGUGAAGAAGGUUGUGAAGAGAUCACCCAUAGGAAUAGCUCUCUGGGCAGAAAAGCCAACAGUGGAAAUAAGCUAUUUAUCCUUGGCGACAAAGUGCCCGUAUCUAUGGCUGCUCGGUCACAACAGCACAACAGGGAGUGCCUACGGUCAGUGUUACUGUCCAGAUGAGUUUAGUGCCACUUUGGUAAAUGGACAACGGGAAUGUGACACGAUGAACGAAACGACCGAGGCCAAUACAUUUGCACCAGCGUCAUCGUUUCGUGCUCGCCCCGAAGACUGUCUGCUGUACACCUCAAGGAAUGAACUACACCGUAUUUGCCUAGGUAACGACACGACAAGUCUCUUAGUGAAAUCUAGCAAGGUAUCUGUAAUGGAUGUUGAUGUGGACUACGCACACCGGUGUAUUUUUUACACUGCCUUCAAUUACGCCACAUACUCAGUGCAGGAAUUCUGUUAUCAACGUUGGGAAACGUUUACUCCGAUUCUAAACAGCCGUGGUGCUCCUGACGGGCUGGCGUACGACUGGGCAGGACAGAACAUUUACUGGCUUGAGUCCACCCAGAAAGCUCUGAUGGUCACGGACAGGAAUGGGCGCUACCGAGCCACCCUCUACAGUGGGCAUAUAUUCGACCGCCCAAGAGGCCUGGUUCUGAACCCAGAGAAAGGUGAUCUGUUUUGGGCAGACUGGUCUAACACCAACCCUGCCAUCAUGCAAGCCUCAAUGACGGGUAAUCCAUCCUCAGUCAAAGCUCUGGUGAAAACAAACCUUGGAUGGCCGAAUGGACUCGCGCUCGAUACAAAGAUAAACCAGUUGUAUUGGACAGACGGCAAGCUGGACAAAAUAAUGAAAUUUGACCUGAAUGGCAACUGGAUGAGAGAAGUGAGGGAUUUAGGCCCCUCAUCGCAUCACCCAUUCGGGAUCGCAGUUUCUGAUAGAUUCAUCUACUGGAGUAACUGGAGAAGCGGCUCUUUGCUUGCGGUGACGAAAGAAGCUCCGAACAAAUCACCAAUUAUCACCGUUGUAAAAAAGGUCUUUUCCCCAAAUAGGCUGGCUGUUAUUCCUAAAGAAACAAAAGCCCCGAAGCCAUGCUCCAAAGUCUGUCCCCACCUCUGUUUAACCAGUUAUAACGUCACAACACGUGAGCCAGACCACGUGUGCCGCUGUGCUGAUGGGUUUCUUUCCAUCAAGGACAGUUAUGGUCAUUUUAUAUGCAUCGGCAAUUCAAGCACAGAGUCGGUAACCACAGAGGCGAGGUUUCCUUUUGUGUUUGCCACAAUUGAAGGGAAGAACUACACAGUACUGACAUCCACUUGUCGACCACUUCGUCUUCAUCGCCUGUGUCCAGUACAGUGUUUGAUACAAGUGGACUUUGAGGAUGGAAAACGAUGUCUGAAGUGUAUCUGUCAGUAGGACAGUCUGAACUAUGUCUGUUUGUGGCAGAUCUUGCAGCAACCUGCGGAUGGACUUGGGUUUUCCCCGGGCUCUGUCUCGUUCCCUCCCGCCAUAAUGCUGGCCUCUGUCGUAUAAGUGAAAUAUUCUUGAAUAUUCUUGAAGACCAAUCAAAUAAAUAAAUAAAUAAAUAAAAGCCUGUAGGACUAUCGUGAAUGUGUCUCUGCAUUGGAUAGUCUGGAGCUGUUCGAUUUGCAUCUGCCCUGAGAGAUGGGCCAGAUGAAGGAUUAUCUGAAGCGUGUCUGUCGUUCAUCGGUAAAUCUAUCUAAAGCUAAUAUCUGGAACCAGAAUUCGCUGAAUCGUGUCUCGUUCAAGACAGUACUUGUCUAUCAGUAAAUACGUUUUUCCUGCACAAGGUUCCUGUUAUAACCUGGAUUAUAAAUGAUAUAAAUAGCUUGGCAAUUCUCAUACCUGUGUUCACUUUCUCUUCUUACCAUCGUUCGCCCAUGCUGGCUUCCUCUCCGGCCGCACGUGGGAAGGUCCUCCAGCAGCCUACGGAUGGUCCUGGGUUCGUAUAAGUGAAAUAUUCUUGAGUACGCGUAAAACA